AUGGUUUGGGGCGAGGCAUCUCUGACAAAGAGGGAUUCAAAGAACUCGAUGUUGCUUCACACGGUGAGUGUGAUUAUAGCCAUACUUUUAAUGAAAUUGAGGCUGACUGAGAAUAUGCUUGCACAUUUGGAUCCUUUGUACACAACAUUUCUUAUGAAAAUUGGUCUGUACUGUGAGUUUGCUGCACUUAUCAGCAUGGCCGGUAAAGAUGGAAAUAGUUCUUCUGCCAAGGGUAAGAAAAAGGAAGUGAAAAAGGAGACCGGCCUAGGCCUUUCUAAUAAGAAAGAUGAAAACUUUGGAGAAUGGUACUCUGAGGUUGUUGUUAAUGGGGAGAUGAUUGAAUACUAUGACAUAUCUGGCUGUUACAUUCUGAGACCAUGGGCAAUGUCAAUCUGGGAGGUCAUGCAAACCUUCUUUGAUGCUGAAAUCAAGAAAAUGAAAAUUAAGAACUGCUACUUUCCACUGUUUGUAUCAUCUAAUGUCCUACAAAAAGAGAAGGACCACAUCGAGGGGUUUGCCCCUGAGGUUGCAUGGGUUACAAAGUCAGGAGAAUCUGAGUUGGAGAUGCCGAUUGCAAUCCGUCCAACCAGUGAAACUGUCAUGUAUCCAUAUUUCUCCAAGUGGAUAAGGGGGCACCGUGACUUGCCCUUGAGACUCAACCAGUGGUGUAAUGUUGUUAGAUGGGAAUUCAGCAAUCCCACUCCAUUUAUAAGGAGUCGUGAGUUUCUUUGGCAGGAAGGACACACUGCUUUUGCAACCAAGGAGGAGGCAGAUACUGAGGUGCUUGACAUUUUGGAACUCUAUAGGCGCAUAUACGAAGAAUUCUUGGCUGUUCCAGUCAUUAAGGGGAAAAAGAGCGAGCAUGAGAAAUUUGCUGGUGGACUUUAUACGACUACUGUUGAGGCCUUCGUCCCAAACACCGGACGUGGUGUGCAAGGUGCAACAUCUCACUGCUUGGGUCAAAAUUUUGCAAAAAUGUUUGAGAUAAAUUUUGAGAACGAAAAAGGUGAAAAGGCUAUGGUCUGGCAGAAUUCCUGGGCAUACACCACUAGAACGGGUUUUCUGAGUGAGUGCUUCUGUUCUGGAGGGUUUUCAAAGUACUUGCUCUCUGCUCUUUGUGUAUUUCUGUAUCUAAUAUUCUGGGUGAUGAUAAUGGUUCAUGGGGAUGAUAAGGGCUUGGUGCUGCCUCCUAAAGUUGCAUCUCUCCAAGUGAUUGUAGUGCCCGUGCCUUAUAAGGAUGCCAACACUCAGGGAAUCUUUGAUGCAUGUGCCGCCACCGUAAAAUCUUUGGAUGAAGCAGGAAUUCGUGCUGAGGCGGAUUUCAGAGAUAAUUAUUCACCUGGAUGGAAGUACUCUAACUGGGAAUUGAAAGGGGUUCCUCUAAGGAUUGAAAUAGGACCUAAAGACUUGGCCAAUAAUCAGGUUCGUGCCGUCCGACGUGACAAUUCAGCUAAAAUUGACAUCCCUAUGGCUGAUUUGGUGGAAAGAGUGAAGGAGAUGCUCAACAACAUUCAGCAAAGUCUCUUUGAUGUUGCCAAGCAAAAACGAGAUGCCUGCAUCCAAGUUGUUCGCACAUGGGAAGAAUUUGUGGAAGCACUUGGUCAGAAGAAGAUGAUUCUGGCCCCAUGGUGCGAUGAGGAGGAAGUGGAGAAGGAUGUAAAGGCUCGCACGAAAGGAGACAUGGGUGCAGCUAAGUCACUGUGUUCUCCAUUUGACCAGCCUGAACUCCCAGAAGGCACGUUGUGCUUCGCAUCAGGUAAGCCUGCGAAAAAAUGGACCUACUGGGGAAGGAGCUACUGAUCUUUGUUCUCAUUUAGUAUAUUCAUAGUCUGGAUUCAAAUGGCGAUAUAAUUUGAACUUCAAUUUAGUGAUUUGGUAUAUCAUACUCAUACGGUUUCUGAUUACUUGGGACUUUUUGUUAGGACCAUAUCAUUAUUGGUUUACUACUGCUUAGUGUGUGUUGGAUUUUAUUUUAUGAUUUUGACUGGAACAAAACCGCGAGUGUUUUUUAAUCUAAUUUUCUAUUAGCAUGGAUUAUUAGUAUUUUUGUUCUAAUUUUUUGUUUGGUCCUUCAAUUGGGAUUUAUAAAUUUAAUUGUGGGUUUGAUGUGACACCUGGC